UCUCACCGUUACAAAUUGAGAAUAAUUACGCGUACCGCGUGAGCGCUGCAGUCAUAUCUGUAGUAUCAUCUUUCACGCCUAGCUGGUUGGGCAAUGGUCUACACAAGGGUAAUCUCCCGUAUAUCUUUAUGCUCAUAGCGACAUACAGAUACUUCGGGGUAGAGAGACAAACCAUACCACCUCCCCAUAGUGAAUAUAACUGCGGUCCACAAACAACAGCUGUACAUACUGUAUAAUGGCAGUGGUCGAAGGAUUUCGGAUUAUUACAUUAUUGCUAUUUAUCUGUUCUGCCGAAUAUGGAUAUACUGCCUUUGGACAAAAGCUGCAUAAAUCAAGGCGUAUAAGGUCGUUGCCAGAUGGGACACCAGAUGUCAAAGACCAGUACUUAUUGAUAGGCAAAAAGGGAGUCAAGGAAAGUCAAGUGGGUGGUCUUUUAACAUGGACCAGAACUGUUGGCUAUACUUUGGACACUACUGAUAUGCACACAUCCUACAUCGGGGACCGUUUGUACUGCAGUAUGAGGAUGAACGAAAGGACGAGGCGAAUGCUAAAACUAAUGCAUUCAGUAAUAGAAGACGUAGAGCCAGACCAAGUGGUAUACGUAUCUCAAACAUGUGAUUCACCCAUGAGUUUGUCUUUCUCUAACUGGGGUAUAGAUAGAGUUGACCAGAGAGAAGCAAUUACUGAGAGCCGGGGACAGUUCGCAGCCGAAGGACAUGGCGGGGAUGACGUCCAUAUAUAUAUGAUGGAUACAGGAAUAAGGAUGACUAUUAACGAGCUAAGAGGGAGAGUACAGAGGGUGACAACGGGAUUAUUUGCUACAGAAGAGGACAACAACGGUCAUGGUUCUUGGACUGCAGUAAUUGCCGCCGGUACCGUUCACGGGAUCGCCAAGAGGGCCACGGUGUUCUCGGUAAAGGUGCUAGAUGGACGACUAGGAGUCGGGACCGUUAGUGGCGUGGUGGCGGCAAUGGACGUGGUGAUUUCUCACGCCCGGAGCAGCGGUAAAACAAGAAAGAGUGUAAUCAAUAUGUCGCUGAGUGGUUCCUUCAGCAACGCGUUGAACACAGCCACUAAUGAUGCCUCGGAAGCGGGCAUUACUGUUGUAUGUGCAGCCGGCAAUGAGAAUGCAGACGCCUGUACCCGGUCCCCUUCCAGUGCGACUCACGUGAUAUCCGUCGGAUCAAUUAGCAGAGCUGACAGGAUAUCAAUGUUUUCUAAUCAUGGCAAAUGCGUGACAAUUUAUGCACCGGGAGAGUCCAUAACUGGUGGAAGCAGCUCUACUGAUUUUGAUCCAGUUACCAUGACAGGAACUUCUGGUGCCUCUCCCAUGGUGCCAUUAUCCAUCGACGAUCCGGCUGUGCAGGCCAUUUUAGAAGAGGUUUCCGCGGACCUACAAAGAUCUGGCGUUAAUACAAUCGCGGACCUGCAAUAUUACAUAAUCAACUCUCACAAACAGCAGAGCGUUAAGGACAACUUCCUCCAUGACAUCAGAGAAGAUUUGGAACGAAACGGAGAGGCGAAUUUGCAUGUCGCUAUAAAUUUCUAUGAAUUGAUUCGUCGAUAUUGGAGACAGUUUUCGAUCUUUUACCGAAGCCCUAAUGUCGCCACGACACCACGACCAACAACUACAACAACUCCUAAGCCGACGACCACUACCAAAGCAACAACAACAACGACGACUACGCCAACAACAACGACAACAACGACGCCAACGACGACGUCAACAACGACGACUGUGGCGCCCGUGGUUGAUUCUAUCACCACCCGACGGCCGCCAUGGUUUUUCUUCUUUAGAAAUCCCUUUUUCUUCCGGGCUCCACAAGCAGCACCCACCACGCAGCGACCAACAACGACGACAACUACGCCUACAACCACAACAACCACACCCACUACUACUACAACGACACCUACUACAACUACCACAACCACACCUACUACUACUACAACCACACCCACUACUACCACAACCACGCCCACUACUACAACCACGCCCACUACUACAACCACGCCCACUACCACCACACCUACUACCACAACAACUACGCCCACAACCACAACCACGCCUACUACAACUACAACCACACCCACAACUACAACUACGGCUGCAGUGCCGUUUCCAACAUCAGAAAGUAUGGAAUGUCAAAAUGCAAUUCUUUACGUGGGCUGUUAA